CAUCACACCGACAGAAAACAUGAUGAUCACACAAAGACAGACGAACACAGGGAGGGCUCUUCUCUCAGCUGCAGCAGUGCUCCUUCUCUUGACCUCAGCAGGACAAUCUGCAGUCCUGAGUGACAUCCUCCAAACCACAGAGACACCAAGCCUGCCAGACAUGACAGUGACCACAGAGAUCAACAACAGCAGCGUGGAGGGGCCUCGGGUUUUGCGCUCACACAGAUCAUGUGGAAGCGAACAUGAGAACUACUGCGAGAAUGGUGGACAGUGCAUGUACCCUCAAGACAGCGACAAACCUUUCUGCAUCUGCACGUCUUCAUAUAGCGGAACUCGCUGUCUCUUCUUUGCCGACAACACCCGCACCAAGCCUGAGCUGGAGCAACUGAUUGGGAUCAUUUUUGGUGUUGUGAUGCUCAUCAUUGCCCUGGCUAUCCUGUUUUACUGCUUUGCCUAUAAGAGGUGUGUAAAAUCAGCACCGCUUAUAAAAUCUGCACCUUCUGAGUCGUCCGUGUGACACGCUAACUCUUCAUCAUCUACAUCAUCUUCACCAUCUCUUCAAGAAGUUUCACUCUUUGAGGAAAGACACACCACAGCAUGAGCAGCAGACUGAGGAAAGAUACACAUCAGACCUGGAGCAGACCAUUUAUGUAAAAUAUCUUUAGAAAUGAAUCGCUUUAUUGUCCUGUAAACCAGUGGUUCUCAACUGAUCUAGCCUCAGGACUCCCUGCCAACUUCCUAAUGAUAAUCUGUGACCCAAAUUUCUGAAAAAAUUUCAGGUACUCAAGUAUAUGUAAUGAAAACUGUUGUGUUAGGGUUAUGUAUAUGUAAAAUGAAUGAAAAUAUGACUGAACAAAAACACAGGACAAAAACAAACAUGUUUUAAAAGCACAUCCUUACAGAAGCUCUGGGAGGACAUGCAUGCAUGUUUUUUAGAAAUCUUGAUUAAUAAUCACGUUAUCAUGGGCAAACCAGCUUUGUUAUCCCAAGAUAAUGUGAUAAGAAAGUUGAGAUCGUAAGAGAUCAGCCAAAUUUCUUACCAGUUCUCACACCAAAUGAAGUAAAUAUGUAAAAAAACAAAACCAUAAAAGUAUGGCUGUGAAUGUGCCUAGGGCCUCUGUACAUCAUGUUUUGCCACAUUAUGCCACACAUAUUUCCAUGCACAAAUUUGCAACCCACACAAAACAUCUCCAUGACCCACUUUUGGGUGUCGACCCUCUAC